AUGACACACGCAUGGUGUCUGCGUGGGCGAGCACCACUGAGUCGGCUGAAGUUUGACGCGCCGGUUGCGUGCAGACAAACAGACAGAAGAGACAAGCAAAGGCGCUGUUAAACUAUGCAGGAUAUUUCUUUCAGACCGGACUGAAUUUACUAGUUUGAGCCUGAUAAGACGUUCGGCGCCUCCAGUCGAAAGUAUGACCAUGGCGGGGGCUAUAAUAUCCCCCACGUACGCUUAGCGUGUGAUUGUGUGCUGCAGCCAUCCAAGACGGUGAUCACUUUUUGAUCUCCGUGGACGUGUUUGUGUGUGUGUAUGUUAGUGUGCGUUAGUGUGUGUGUGCGCACGCGUCAACAAGUGGAUGGAAACUUUUCUUCAUAUGUUUGAAUCAAUUGGUUCUUCUCGGGGACUGGACAGUGUGGAGAUUUAGCCGGUUAAACGUAUUUCAAACGUAUUUCAUACUUUGUAGUCGGAAUGAGUGGACCAGUACUUUCCCAUGUGUGCGUGUUUUUAUUUUUGGUGAGUGGAGCCGCCGUGGUGAGAGCUCAGGUCUCCACAGCCAAAGUCAUGAAGGGCAACACCAGGAGAGAUGACUUGUACCGGAAAUACGACAACAUCACAGUCACGUCGGCGGGCGGAGUCAUCCACAGCCCACGGUACCCCAACUCGUACCCACGGAACCUGCAGCUGUUAUGGAAACUGGUGUCGCCGCCAGGAAGUACAAUCCACCUGGAAUUCGACAGUCACUUCGGUCUGGAGGAGGCGGAGAACAACGUGUGCAGGUAUGACUUUGUUGAAGUGGAAGACCGAUCAGAGACAAGCACUAUAAUUUGGGGUCGUUGGUGCGGGCAGAAAGCCCCGCCUAGUCUCAACUCCAAAUCCAACAUCCUCAGAAUCACCUUCAAAUCUGAUGAUUACUUUGUAGCAAAGCCUGGAUUUAAAGUCUACUACUCUUUGCUGAAUGAAACUCCUCUGACUGCGUCCCAAACCAACUGGGAAGCUGUUACCAUGUUGGAUGACAGUCCUGUUGGACCAGUGGCAGUCACCGAGGUUCCUCUCUCUUUGGAAGACCUGGAUCGAACCAUAGCUGCCUUUGACACCGUGGAAGAGCUUCUCAGAUCCCUAAACCCAGAUACCUGGAAACAAGACCUGGACAGCAUCUACACCCAAACACACAUUCAUUAUAGAUCAAGAGCCUACCACCUGGCGAGCAGGCACAACAAAGUUGACCUGAAUCGCCUCUAUGAUGACGUCAAGCGCUACAGCUGCACCCCUCGCAACUAUUCCAUAAACCUUCGCGAGGAGCUGAGGGCGACCAACGCCGUCUUCUUCCCGCGUUGCUUGCUGGUCAAGCGCUGUGGCGGCAACUGUGGCUGCGGCACCGACAACUGGAACCAAGGAUGCACCUGUCAGGCCGCUAAGACCACACUGAAACUACACGAGGUGCUCAAGUACGCCCCAGAGACUACUCUGUACCAGCGCCAUCGCAGGCCGAGAGUACGAUGGGUCAUUGAUGAGAUCUUCCUCUCCCACCACGACAAAUGUGAAUGUUCCUGUCCCUCCCAGGCCCCUCGCUAAGACACCGACAUGAAAUAUGUGGACACGUUUUUGACUUAGUCUGUUUUGCCUUGGACUUUUCAUACCAGCAGUUCCACAGAAAUGAUGAUCUCAACCCAAAAUGUAACAUGAAAAGUCACUUCUUCUGAGGGACACAGUACAUCUGAACCUCGACUGUAAUGAAAUACAGAUACUUUCAAUUACAGUUUCAAUUUCUAGUGGUGGAUUUUUGGCAGAAGGAAGGGCGGAGGAGGACCUCGUGAAGCAAACUGACCCUCAUUCCUGCCUAAAGACUAACCCAGCAGUUAUUUAUAAAACUGAAUUCCUCACCCUUCCGUUUUUUUUUUUCCACACAGCCCUUCUUUGUUUUGCACACAUUCCUGUCUGCAAAAAUGUCAGCAUCCCUUUGUCUUUCUUUCUCCCCAUACGUUUGCCUCCCUUUUGUUUUUGCUUCUCACUGUCCCCUCUAACAUGCACACAGAGAUCACACACACACACACACUCUCAUCCCAAACACAUCAGAGGAGAUGUCAGCACAGGCCGCUGCACUCUGACCGUUUUUUGUACAAUUCUGGUCAUUCAGUCCGCUAUCUGGGAAUUCUGCUCCACGGAUAAAACCAAGCUCCUCAGAUCUGAAUAGCAUGUUCAGGAAAUAGUCCACCCCAAUAAAUUUGAUUUAAAUGUGCUGGUUGCCCCUUAAUCCUUA